CCAAGAUGGCGGCGCCCACAAGGGCCUGAAAGAACCGCUCAUGUCUGUCAACGGAGCGGUGUGGGGGCGUGUGCGGAGCCGUCUCCGAGCCUUUCCCGAGCAUCUGGCGGCCUGCGGAGCUGAGGCCUCGGCGUAUGGGAAGUGCGUGCAGGCCUCCACUGCCCCAGGAGGCCGCCUGAGUAAGGACCUGUGCGUGCGCGAGUUCGAGGCCCUGCGGAGCUGCUUCGCCGCCGCGGCCAAGAAGACCAUGAUGGGAGGCUCCUAGGAAGAGCAAUGGGCACAGAUGCGUUGUACUGACAGCACUCAUGGAGACCUGAAUGUGGACAGCAGAGUUCCUGGUGUUACGUGGUUCUUCCCACCUUGAACCUUGGGCAGGGCAGGGCUGUUUACACAGCACUUUGUGUAUGAGGAUCUGGAUUUGAUUAAGAUGUAACAUGAUGAUUUAACAUUGCA